CCCUGAGGAAGCCCCCUCUAGUGAUAUAUAUAGAGAGGAAUCUCCAUCAUUUGCCUUGUCUCUUGCAGGUGACGAAGUCGAUGGCGGGGGUGGUGAAAUCGAUGGACUCCACACUGAAGAGUAUGAACCUGGAGAAGAUCUCGGCCUUAAUGGACAAAUUCGAACAGCAGUUUGAGACCCUCGAUGUUCAGACCCAACAGAUGGAGGACACCAUGAGCAACACGACAACUCUGACAACCCCGCAGGGUCAGGUGGACAAUCUAUUACAUGAGAUGGCGGAUGAAGCCGGAUUGGACCUGAACAUGGAGCUUCCUCAGGGACAGACGGGAUCUGUCGGGACCAGCGUGGCGUCUACAGAACAGGACGAGCUGUCGAAUCGGUUGGCGCGCCUGCGAGAUCAGGUGUAGGCGGAGCCUCUUCCCCGAAGUGCAUUAUCUGCUGUAUAUAUAAAUAUGGUUCAUACCGAAUGUGUCCUCUUUCUAUAUUUCCCACACAAGACGCUGACCUACGGACGGCUUCAUCAGACAUCCGCAGGAAGGACCGCCCCCGCGGGGAGACGCUGACCAUCACAUCAGUCUGUAAAUUGAUUCUCUCUUCUAGCACUUUAAUAGGAAGUCUGAUUCUCUCUCCUGGAUUGGAUGGCUAUGCACAAAGUCCCGCCUCCUGCAGUCCCCUGGGGCAGUGAUGAUACCGCCUGUUCUCUUUUCUGGAUUGGACAGCUUUGCAUAUAGUCCCGCCCCUUGCAUUCUCCCGGGUCAUUGAUGAUACUGUCCAUUCUGUUUCCUGGAUUGGAGGACAUGCACAUAGUUCAGCCCCUGGUCAUUGAUUGGCACUGUGUGUUCUCUGUGAUUGGGCAGGUAUGUGCAUAGUCCCGCCCACGCAGUUCCCUGGGUUAUUAAUGAUACUAUUUGUGUAUAACUGCCCAAUCCAUGAGCACAUAGUCCCGCCCACGCAGUUCCCCCGGGUCAUUGAUGAUGCUAUUUGUGCAUAGCUGCCCAAUCUACGAGAAUAGUCCCGCCCACUUUUGCAUUUGGCAGCUAUGCACAUAAUCCCGCCCACGCAGUUCCCCGGGUCAUUGAUGAUGCUCUGUGCGCUCUUGGAUUGGGCAGCUAUGCACAUGGUCCCACCCCUGUAGUUCCCCCGGGUCAUUGAUGAUACUGUCCUUUUUGUACAGAGUCCUGCCCACGCAGACCCCAGGGUCAUUAAUGAUACUGUUCUCGUGGAUUGGGCAAGUAUGCACAUAGUCCCGCCCACACAGUUCCCCGGGUCAUUGAUGAUGCUGUGUGCGCUCUUGGCUUGGGCAAGUAUGCGCAUAGUCCCUCCCACGCAGUUCCCCCGGGUAAUUAAUGCUACUAUUUGUGCAUAGCUGCCCAAUCGACGAGAAUAGUCCCGCCCACUUUUGCAUUGGGCAGCUAUGCACAUAAUCCCGCCCACGCAGUUCCCAGGGUCAUUGAUGAUGCUGUGCGCUCUCUUGGAUUGGGAAGCUAUAUGCAUAGUCCCACCCCCGCAGUUCCCAGGGUCAUUGAUGAUGAUGAUACUGUCUGUUUUGCUGUGGUUGGAAUCGCUCGGACCCGGUUCCUCGCUGCGUUAGCGUUCGCUGUGUGUUGAUGGCUACGUUUGUAUUUAAAAUCCUCUUUUCAGUAACUACAAUAAACGCUAAAGAACAAA